GAAUGCGUGCAUCCGUUCAAGUUCAAAAAGGCGAUCACACCCCCCGCCCACUUGUCACGUUUGUUCGCGUUCUGUCUAAUCUUCCUUCCCAUUGUUUCUUCAUUUAUACGCAAAAAGUCGCGAUCGCACCGCGACAUUCAACAAUUGUGACUUUUUUGCUUCUGCUCCACACGCACAAACUUACACAUAAGCGAGAUCUUGUGGUUUAGUGGUUUUUUCCGCCUCUGCAAGGCCUCAAGUUCUUUCAACUGAGUCUGAUCGUCAACAAUCAAGCCACAGCAAGCAUCUCCAGUCGAUCAAUCUUGGGGACGUUGCGUCGCGAGGGCCCGCCAGUUUAUUAGGGUUGUCGCAAUCAGCAAACAACAUACCGAAAUUGCCUUGAGAUUUGCAAGGGUCGCCUAUCUGAACAAGACACACAAAAAGAUGUCGGAAUCAAUAAGAAGCAGCCAGGUGGCUGCGCAAGAUGACCUCGUGUCAACAGCGCCAACAAGCGCGUCAAAAGCAACUAGACGCGCAGGCCGGCGAUUGAGGACUGCUCCCAUACAGCCUGAGCCAGGUUCAUUAUACGACAUUAUGCACACGUAUUCUGGAACUGGACUUUACGUUCUCCCAAUCCUUUGGACAGAUAUCCACACCAAGUCACUCAAUGUUCAGUUCCAAGACCAAGGACGCGUCAACUACCCAGCGCCCGUGGUAGACCAUGACCUACCGCCAUCACCACCACCUGAGCCGUGCGAUGCAGCUAGGAACUUGUGCUACGAUAUUAGCACAUUUGCAGACAAAACAUCUGCACCAUCAGCAAAACUUGGCGCUUUAAAGCGCUUCAUGAGUGGCUUCUUCCCAGGCAUGCCUUGUAAGGCCAAGACCGGGGUAGAGAUGGAGUUUCACUUUGGGACGAGGUUUUACCGGAAGGCGGUGAAACUUCCCAUGAUAUGGAAAAGGGGAGACUCGCGAUCACACUCGUUUGACUCGGCCGCGACGCGCCCAAUGUCUUCUUCUCCAAUGUCAAACUUGAGCGAUGCCAGUCUCAGUGACGACGAUGAAGCCAGUGGCAGCAAGAUCCAAAGACGGUGUGAGCGCAGCGCGCCAUUACUUGCAUAUGUGGAUCGGGAUCAUCUCUCGUAUGUUCGGAAAAGCUUGUUCCGGGUAUCGCCAGGUCCUUUGGACGGCGAUUACCAGAACUCGCCUGUUUUGAACCUGCAGCAAUUGCGCUCAAAAGCGCUCGUACCUGCCGAUCGCGAUCAGGAUGCUCAUGUGGUAGCCAUCCUCAUUGCGAUGGCACAGCAAAGAUUUUACAGCAACAAGACUGGACGCCGACGGUUCAAGUUGUCUCCGUCCACCAACGAGCCGGCAUCGGACGAAGCCAUUUACGAUGUUGAAGUACGUGUCUUCACCUUUGAUGCAGAGGAAAACGACUUUAUCGUCUACACUGGCACUAUUGGCGCAGACUUCCUCGAGGGGUUUGCAGAUCCGGCCAGGACUUUACACAGGCAGUCAGACGGGGGCUCGUCGAUGCGCAUUGCUUACACGCGUGUGCCCAUUUGGCCUUUCUAUGGCCUCAAGGAGCGACUUGGCAAGGCUUUGGGAUCUGAAGUGACGGGCGCACGCUUCGUCGGCCCUGGUUAUGAUACAUACCGCAACGACGCAGAGCUUGCGUUGCACCAAGCGGAGUUGGCCAGGGCACAGCUUGAAUCUGAACGCAUCCUUCUUGCCACUGAGGCAGUGUUGCGUAGGGAAAAAGAGCAAAGCUUCCAGGAGCUACUCGAGAAAAGCUUUGGGCAGCAGGGUACGAAGAGGAGCUGGGAUGCGGCAGAUACUGGAAUCCCAACUGAUGUGACACCUCCAGCCUCUGCACCCAAAAGAAGAAGACGAGGGAGGAGAGCAAGUGGAAUUGUCGAGGUAUGGUGAUAUGUUGCAGACGACGUUGAUAAAGGUGAUGAGACUAAGGCGGUGUUGCAUAGGAUGUUGUGCCUUCUGACUUUAUCGCGGCUCCGUCCUCCGACUUUAUGUCGGAUGAUGAUGAUGGCCAGACGAUGAGCGUGCGAGAGAGACAUGCUGGCUACGGACUUUGAGGCUUGAGCAUAUUUUCACCUGGGCAACUUUGGGUUUUACUGGUGGCAUUGGGCAAACAGCGCUGGGCAUUGCAUGGAUUAUGACUGAUGAUAUAGUUUUUUGUGGCUACCUGACGGUGUCUUGGUAUUAUUAGCAUGGGAAGGUGCUUGGGACAUUGGUGUGAUUUUUUGGGCUCCGCGAUAUAGCUCUGAAGGCGUUUUGGACAGGAGCAUCAACUGCUCAUUCUUUUUUUUGCAUUGUCACACAUGAAUGAUUGCGUUCUUAGGCCUGGUAAAUAUUGGACUGGCAACAGUCGCAGUCGCACUUGGGGUUUCUGUUAGCAGGACCACUCUGAUUUAUAGGGACAGUACAAUUCAGCAUCCAGCUGCCGCUCAUGAGCGCACUCAGACAUACUCGUCGACUUUGUAGUACCGCCCGUGCAGUGGUGGUAGUCUUGACAUUUAUGACCCAUGGCAUACAUUAGUAUCACGGUAGAAGAUCUAUGCGUCAAGCCCCGGCAUCUCGGCACAGCAUCUUGACCAGGUUUGACGUAUUAAUGAAGCCUGCAGCGAUUGAGUAUACAGUUUGACAGUUAGAGGCCGCAGACUUUUAUCAAGAAUAGAUUAAAAGAAAGAACGAAAAAAAAAGCUUGUACUUCUCCACUACCACUGAGCGGAUCAAAAACCGUGUGCUAUAUAACGUGGCCCGAAAUAAAUGAAGAGGCCGACCC